AAAUCUCUCUAAUCCAGCUGGAUAGCAUGAUUCUUUCCCACCAAAUGCUAGUGAGGUGUGCUGCCAUCAUUGGCCUGACCUUCACUACGGAGCUGUUGUUCGAGAUUCUCCCUUGUUGGGAUAGGAAGAUGAUGAUCAAUGCCCUGGCAACCCUCAUGAAAUCUAACAUUUUUGAUGGUUUCCGGAACGGCAAGGAGUUUCGGAUGGCCCUAAAACACAACGCAACCUCAUUUGAGGUGCAUUAUCGUUCUCUGUCUCUGAAGCCCAAUGAAAGCCUGGCUCACCGUAAAGAGGAAGAGUUGCGGGAACUGGAGGGUGAGGUCAUUGAAUGCAGCAUCAUUCGAUUCUGCAGCCCUGUGAUGCAGAAGACGGCCUACGAGCUGUGGCUGAAGAAUGAAAAGAAAGCCAUGCACUUGAAAUGUGCCCUCUUCUUAGAAGUAAAUGCCCACAGGUGCAGCCAUUGCAGGAGCGGGGACUUCAUCCCCUACCACCACUUCACAGGGGACAUUCGGCUCAACACUUUGGACCUGGAUAUGAUUAAAAAGAUGGCCAAAGUCCAAGGAUUUCAAACUGAAGAAGAGAUCAUCUUUUCUAAAGCAGAGAUUCCUAAGAGAUCUGAGUUAUUUUCUGAAAAUCUCAGCCCUGAAGAAAUAAAAGAAAACAUUUUGAAUUUCUUUGACGCUGUUAUAACAAAAAUGAAGACAUCUGAGGAAAACAUUUUUCCCCUGGAAUCUUGCCAGUGUGAGGAAAUCCUAGAGAUUGUCAUCUUGCCUCUGGCCCAAAAUUUUCUGGUUUUGGAAGAAAACAGCAAAGCCUUGUAUUACUUUUUAGAAAUUGUAUCCGCUUAUCUCAUCUUGGGUGAUAACUAUAUGGCAUACAGGUAUUUGAAUGAGGGAGAAAAGUUGCUGAAAACUCUUGAGAAGGAAAAAUCCUGGAGUCUGAGAUUUGAGUCUGCCACCUUUUAUAGCCUCAAAGGUCAGGUCUGUUUCAAUAUGGGCCAAAUGACUCUUGCCAAAAAAAUGCUGAGGAAGGCACUGAAGCGCCUCAACCGAAUCUUUCCUAACAACAUAAUCUCCCUGGUUUUCCAUAUCCAUGUUGAGAAAAAUAGACGCUUUCAUUAUAUCAACCAGCAGGCCCAAGGGAACUCACCUCCAGGGAAGAAGAGACUGGCACAACUUUGCCAACAAACCGCCUGCUUCUCCCUGCUGUGGCAGAUCUACAGCUUAGAUCAUUUUUUUCACUACAAGUCCUUUGGCCUGCUGGCAGCUAUGAUGCAGGUGAAUACUGCACUGGAAACUCAAGACAACUUCCAGAUCAUUAAGUCUUACCUGGACUACUCACUGUACCAUCAUCUGGCUGGCUGCCAGGUUGUGUGGUUCAAAUAUGAAGUCAUGGCCAUGGAACAUAUCUUCAACCUUCCCCUGAAAGGUGAAGGCAUUGAAAUCGUGGCCCAUGUGGCUGGCACACUGGGCCACAUCAAGUUCAUCAUGGGACACCUGGACUUGGUCAUUGAAUUAGGCUCUCGAGCCCACAAGAUGUGGGCACUACUUCGGAACCCCAACCAACACUACGUAGUCCUCUGCAACCUUAGCAAAGCUUUCUUUCUGAAAAACAGAUACAAGAAAUUGAUCCAGGUGCUGGAGUGGCUAUGGGAGCUUUCUAUAGCCGAAGAACACAUCUAUAGCAAAGCAUUUUUCUAUUUUGUCUGCUUAGACAUCAUGCUCUAUUCUGGCUUUGUUUACAGAACCUUUGAAGAGUGUUUGGAAUUCAUACAGCAAAAUGAAGACAACAGAAUCCUCAAGUUUCAAAGUGGAAUCCUCCUGGGACUGUAUUCGUGUUUGGCUAUCUG